AUGCCCAGUAAAAAGAAAAAAUUUAAUUCCAGGUUCCCACCUGCUAGAAUAAAGAAAAUCAUGCAAACAGAUGAAGAUGUAGGGAAGGUUGCUGCUGCUGUACCUGUUAUUAUUUCUCGAGCAUUAGAAAUGUUUAUUGAAUCAUUAAUAUUAAAAUCAGGAGAGACAACUAUGUCAAGAAAUGCAAAAACUUUAUCAACAUCGCACAUCAAACAAACAAUUGAAUCUGAAAAGAAGUUUGACUUUUUACAUGAUUUAGUUGCUAACAUACCAGAUCAUCAACCAGAAGAAGAG